AUGGACAUUGGAGGGAUCGUUUUGGGUUCCUUUUUGGCUUCGUUCCUUCAGGUCCUGUUCGACAAGUUGACUUCUUCCACAUUGAAUUAUGCACAACGAGAAGGAAUCAGCAAAACUUUGCCUAAGGAGUGGAAGGAGAUGUUGCUCACAAUUAAGGCAGUGAUGGCUGAUGCAGAGGACAAGCAACUCAAUGGUAACCGUCAAGUGAAGUUGUGGUUGGACAGUGUUAGGGACUUGGCCUAUGACAUGGAAGACUUGCUUGAUGAGUUUGCAAUCAAAGUCGCUCAGGUCGAGUCAAAGGCAGAAUCUAGCACAAGCAGAGGUUUGGGGAAAUGGAAGUUCCCUGUCUUUGGCCAACGACACUUGCACCUGUCUGAAACAAAGGUACAAGAUAUCAAUGGCAAGUUGGAAGUGAUUGUCACUAGGAAGGCUCAUCUAAACUUGAGUGAGAAUGUUAUAGAUAGAUCUAACUACACCAGCAAAAGGGAUCCGACCACUUCUCUACCAGAGCCUCGGUUUUUCGGAAGGGAGAAGGAAGAAGCACAGAUGCUCAAACUAUUGUUCAAUGAGGUUGAAAAUUCUGAUGCCACCCUGAGAAUAGUCCCCAUAGUUGGUAUGGGUGGUAUUGGAAAGACAGCUUUGGCUAAGCGGCUGUAUAAUAAUGCCGAAGUGAAUGGAUGUUUCGAGAGGAAAGCAUGGGUUUGUGUCUCCGAUGUUUUUGAUAUUUUCAACAUAACAAAGAAUAUUUUCCACUCAAUCACCGACAAAUCCUGGGAGAACGAAGAUUUUAACGGGCUUCAAGUUAGUUUGAGGGACAGUCUAUUCGGGAAGAAGUUUCUUGUGGUUUUAGACGAUAUAUGGAAUGACAACUACCAAAGAUGGACUGACCUCUUAAGGCCAUUUGAAGUGGGGGCUAGGGGAAGUAGGAUCAUCAUCACAACUCGCAACCUUGAUGUUGCUUUCAUAACAGGAGGGUCGCCGUACCCUUUGAAGGAAUUGUCCCUUGAUAAUUGUAUAAGCUUAUUAGCCUUUCAUGCUCUUCAAAAAACAAACUUUGAGAGCCACCUAGAAUUUGAAACAAUAGGCAAGAAGAUAGCUGAAAGAUGCAAAGGUUUACCCUUGGCAGCAAAGAUGUUGGGCGGUGCCCUACGUAAUAAAAAAAAUCCUGAUGAAUGGAAAGAUACCUUAAAUAAAUUAACAGGGGGUCUCCCGACGGCAGAGAAUGAGGUUCUUUGUAUCUUGAAAUUGAGCUACGUCCAUCUUCCUUCCUAUUUGAAGAGAUGUUUUUCUUAUUGUGCAGUAUUUCCUAAGGAUUAUGAAAUUGAGAGGGAUGAGCUAGUACUCUUAUGGAUAGCAGAGGGAUUUUUAGAUGGACAUAAAAUAAAGGAGAAUAAAUUGAGAUUAGGACGGAAUUACUUUGAUGAGUUAGUAUCUAGAUCAUUUCUUCAACAAUCAAGUGUCCACACAUCUAAGUUUUCAAUGCAUGAUAUGUUGAAUGAUCUAGCAAAGUCAAUUGAGGGUGGGAUAUGCUCUAGCUUUGGGGAGUCUCAACCGGUAGUUAAUGAAGAUGAUGCAUCUAUGAAGAGAACUCGUUAUGCAUCAUUCAUCUCAUCACAGUUUGUUACAUCAAAAUGCUUAAGAGCAUAUCAUGGACUGAAGGUAUUAAGAAGUUUAAUUCUGGUGUGUGUUGGAUCUAGUAGAAGAUCAAAUAAAUUCUUUAUUUCCAACAAGGCGUUGAACGACUUGCUGACAAACUUGAAGUAUUUGAGGGUGUUCUCAUUAUGUCAUUGUGACAUCAAAGAGGUACCGAAUUGUGUUGGUGAAUUAAAACAUCUUCGAUAUCUCAAUUUCUCAGACACUUAUAUCAAAAGGCUACCUGAGCCAAUUGGUGGCUUGUGCAAAUUACAAGCUUUGAUCUUAAGAGGUUGUCAUAGACUUUCAAAGUUGCCUGAAGAUAUCGCAAAGUUGGUCAGCUUGCAGUAUCUUGAUAUUAGAGAUACAGGAAGUCUAAAAAAGAUGCCAUUGGGUAUUAGUAAUUUGAAGAAUCUUACUAUCUUGUCCAAAUUUGUGGUAGGAACAGAGAAGGGGCUACAGUUGAAGGAAUUAAACAACUUGUCGCAUCUUCAAGGAGAAUUAUUCAUAUCAAAUUUACAAAAGGUGGAAGAUGUUAGAGAUGCUGUUGAUGCUAAUUUAUUAGGAAAGCAAGGCCUAAGAAAAUUAUUCUUGCAUUGGGAUAAAGAUUUUGGAAUGCUUCGGAAUGAUAAGCACAAAUCAGGGGUGCUUGAGUCUUUGCGACCUCAUAUUGAUAUUGAAAAUCUCACUAUUUUGAAUUAUGGCGGUACAAUAUUCCCGUCAUGGUUAGAUGGUUCAUCAUAUUCUCGGAUGGUGUCUUUGUGCUUGUGGGACUGUCCUUAUGUCACAUCGUUGCCUUCACUUGGACAACUACCUUUAUUGAGAGAAUUAUCUCUUAAAGGUCUAAAUGCAGUAAGAAUAAUAGGUUCUAAUUUUUACGGAGGUGAUAGGCCUUUUUUGUCCUUAAUUACUUUGCAGUUCAAAGAGAUGUUGGCAUGGAAGGAUUGGUCUCCUUAUGUGGGGGGCCCAAAAGAAGAAGUCCCAUUCUCUUGUCUUCAGCAUCUUGUUGUCCAAAGUUGUCCUUCGCUGGUCGGGACAUUGCCUAGUCAACUUAAUCGUCUUAUAAAGCUUGAAAUUCAUUCAUGCCAACAAUUGAAUAACUCAAUCAGUGAGUUAUGUCUUCCAUCUCUCGAUGAGUUAUACCUUAAGGAUUGUAGUAAGGAGAUUUUAAGGAGAUUGGUCAACCUGACUUCUUUGACCAUUCUCAAAAUUAAGAGUAUUAUAGAGCUUGUUAGCUUUGAUCAUGGAUUUAUGAGCUACAUGGGCAACCUAAAGAAGCUUUAUAUAGGACAGUGUGACAAGCUAACAUUCUUGUGGCAAGAUGGAGAUGAAACACGAAAUCUCACUUGCCUCCAGGAAUUAGUCAUUAAAAAGUGUCCUCAAUUUAUAUCCUUUGUGGUAGGAGGAGGAGAGAUAGAGCUAUCCUAUAAUCUUAAAAGGAUGGAAUUGGUGGAUUGCACAAGUUUAGAAAAGCUUCCAAGCAAGAUGCACACACUUAGACGUUUGGUGAUUACAAAUUGUCCAAAAAUCAUGGAACUAAAUAUUCUUCAAGAUGACUUCAGCAGCAAUAAUUCGAUUUCUCAACUUGAAUCUCUUGAGGUAAGUGCCUAUAACUCUCCGAUAUCCUUUUCAUUUGCCAAUGGUAGAGUUGCUCCUGUGAAGGCACUUUCUAUAAACUACUGUAAGGGAGUGGAGUCAUUGGAAGGGAUUACCAUAGAAUCGCUUGAAAGAAUCAGAAUUGAAGGCUGUGAAAAUAUGGGAAGCUUACCACAAUGCCUUCACACGCUCUCCCAUCUUACUCAAUUGCAUAUUUGUAAUUGUCCAGCAUUGGAGAUAGAGGACUUCCCUCCCCUUCCCAUCACCCUCUCGAGUCUUAAUCUUAGUAAUUGUUCUAAGAUAAAGUCUAUUGCCAAUUGUAACAUUGCCAACUGUAACAAUCUCACUAAAUUGGUAAUAUGGAGGUGUUUAGCAUUAGAGAUAGAGGACUUCCCACCCCUUCCCCUCACCCUGCAGAGUCUCACACUUUGGGCAUGUUCGAUGAUAAAGUCGUUACCCAAUCAGUGGCAUCAUCUUACUUCCCUCCAGGAGUUGAUAAUUUGUUAUUGCGAAAAUAUCAAAUGCUUCCCCAAAGGAGGUCUGCCUCCCAAAUUGCGAGUCCUUAGAAUUCAAGGGCUCGUGAAUCUAAAGCAGCCUGUGAGAGAGUGGGGCUUGCACCUGCUCACAUCUCUCGAGAGACUGAGCGUUGAUUUUGACAGGGGAGGGGAGGGAGAGAAUGAGUGGUUUCCUUCGAAGGAUGAGGAUGCCUGGAGUCUCUUUCCUUCCUCUCUAAUCGGUCUUCGCAUAUAUGAUUUGAGAAAUGCGGAAAGACUAUCGAGUGGUCUCCGCAACCGUCUCUCCUCUCUCCAAUGGUUAUUGAUUGGAGAUUGCCCCAAGUUGAGGUACUUGCCAGAGGAUGGCUUCCCUCCCUCCCUCCAACAAUUGCUCAUAUAUUCAUGCAAGAUUCUAAAAAAGCAAUAUGCAAAACUCACUAGUGACUAUUGGCCCCUCAUCCAAGAGAUCCCUGAGAUCUACAUUGAUGAGCGGAUCCGAUGA